AUGAGAAAUCGGUUCGAAGGACUACAAUUUCCCAGCAACGUCAACCACUUCGCAGUGUCAGCAGUGGCAUUUCCGCCUUUGCCAAACGGGAAUCAGCAAGCCGAGGAAUGGAGCUACAUUUUCUACUUGCCAAUCGUUGCGGCUGGUUGGAUUAGACUCAAUGUUUCAUUCCUGGCCAUUCUUGUGGGUCCAAGAAUCGAAUGGGAACAGAAUCCACGAACUUCUGUGAUGAUCCAAGCUCUGAAAAACCUGGGUCCGAAUUGCGUGAUAUACUAUCUUUAUGAUGCGGAAGGAGAACAGACCAAUGAUACAGGAGUGACGAUGAGCCAAAUUUCGCGAUUAUUUGGCGCAUUGAUCCUGAAACGUUUGGCAGCUGUCACGGAGGACUCGGGAUUGUCAGCCCCUGGAAAUGCCACCGGUUCGUCGACGAGGAAAAACAUUGAUUCAAUACUUGUGACAACGACUGAUGCGGAUCUCAUGCCGGUUGAUGGACCCGGUGUUUUGCGCAGGCCGCUUCCAGAUGUCGCUGCAAUUCGCAUUGUGGAGCCAGCUGGUUGCUGUGGUUACUUCCUGCAUGUCUUCCGCCAAGUGUGGAUGCAUCCCAUGUCCUACGUCACAAUGAACGUAUCUCAAUGGCAAACGGUUAUCGGUUAUUCAGGGAACGAAGUCACUCCGAAGCGGAUCCGCGAAGCGGUCGAUAAAGAAUUGGGUUUGAAUCUCUUGUCAAAAAUCGUGAUCAGGGGAGGACCUGGCUGGUACCUGGACCAGCAUUUCCUGAGCGUGAAGAUCGACAUCUACCUGAACGGUUCAACAACGCCAGGUCAAAAUUCCCAACGUCUACAGCUGGUGUCGCGAAAUAUGCUGUCCACGGAUCGAAUAGACAGAAGUGGCUGGGUUUGGCCUCGUGUUCAUCAGCAGAAUGUUCAACUUCAGAAUGCGAAAGUAGGACACAAGCACGGUUGCACCGCGUGCUGCUCCCGCAGGAAUUUCUGCACGCAGAAUCAACAAGCAACCAGAAGCACCCCGAACAUUCACCUCAACUCGCAAAAUUCGUCUGAAAUCUGCAGACUGCAAAAAACCGUCGUCGUCGUCAGCGCUUCAGUAACUCGUCUUCAUCCAAAACACGAACCCAAAUUCGAAUUCCUCAAGAGGAAAGUCUCUCAUUUUCGACGAUCCCACAGCAGCAGUAAAUCUGGAUCAUCGUUCGAGAAGACUCUCAACGUGUCCCUCGAAAGCUUCGACGCGGAUUCGCUAGAUGGCAAUACCGACGUCAACGUGGCUGACACAGAAACGACCCCGGUUAAAUCCAGCCCGUGCUCCUCGUCUUGUUGCAAAAUUCAAAACUGCGAGAAUAAUAAGGCACGUGGAACACCGCGUGUCGUAGUCAGUCACGACGACCUAGAAGAAUCCCUGAUGAACACGACGACGACGACGACGACGAGGGGCGUAACCUUGGAAACGCCGGAAGGACGCAAACACAUGUUCGCUUCUUCCGGUCGUCGACAAAGAAGUACGACCGACAGUCGUUGUUCCAGUGUUUCCGGCGAAGGAAUCAAUCAUCAAUCCAAUAACCAGCAAUUCGGCGACCUUAUUUCCGAUUGCGAAAAAAGUCUAGAAUUUUCCAAAGAAGCUCUUCCUCCAAAUAACGCUCUUUUGCUGGAAAGUGAGCCAAAUAAACUGCUACUGGACGCGGAAAAUGUUUGUGAAACGAUCCUAACUGACCCAAAAUGCCUUCGGACUGAAACCCCUUCGCAUUUUGAACAUCAACGAAACGAACCCGUGGGCAAAGAAAAUCAAUCAGUUGAAAAGGAUCUGAGUUUGGGGAAUUUGAAAACCAUGAGUGCGAAUGGAUUUAUGAAUGGACAACUGGACAGCGGAGAAUUUUCUGCUGAUGAUGAACCCGAAGAGGCUGUUUUUGAACACCAUCAUGAGGCUGACAGACUCGUUGAAGAAGUAACAAUUUCAAAUCCAUGCAUUCCGUUUGAUUCCUUGGAAAACAACCAAUCCGAGGUUUCAGUUGGAAAAGAAGAAGAUUUGGGUUCAUUUCCGGAACCACAGCUGGUCGUUUCUGGUCUUCCAUCAGCAUCAGCCGAUAUGCAAGUGGCGGACAUUUGGACAAUGAGUGAAAGAAGAAGUCCAGCAAUUGGUUUGAUUUCGAAUGAGGAAACAGAGGAUGAAGUUCUCGUCAUUGUCAGUAUCGACGAGGAAAAUGAUAGAAUCGGUGUUCCAGAGUGUAUUUUACAAGAUACGGAAAUGAGUGCGGAAGACUCAGUUUGUGGCAUUUUCUGUCUGUUCAACAAAGUCCACGAUCAGGUAUCGCAGCAAAUAUCUUGCUUGGAAGAAAUCGAACUCAUUUCUCGUGAAAGCGGUGAUCUUCCAGCAGUUGAAAAGCCUCCAUCAGCAGAACCCUCAGAAAAAUGUUCAAAUUUGGACAAAGCCUGUUCGGAUUCCGCAGAUUCCUCCCUGGAUGUUCAACAAGAUUCAGAAGCAAUUCAAUUUUCUAGCAACGAAAGCGAGAGACCAGAAGAACAGGAAGAAAUGAAAUCCGAAAGCAUUCCCGAAGAGCUCGAAGUUUCUCAAGAAGAUUCAUCAAUAACGGAUUCCCUUCCUUCUGCGCCUCUCAUAAUCGAUAGCUAUCAAGAAAUUGAUUCGAAUUCAGGUCAAUAUCUUCCGAUAUUUCCAAUCAACGAGACUGAAAUAGAUGCACUUCCGAAAGACCCCCCAAACUUUGAGACGGAGUUUUUUGACAUCAGCUCUGCUCCGAUUGAACCAGCUGAAGAAGAAGAAAAAUUGACGACAAGAGAACCGCUUUCCUACGUCGAGCAAAAAUACACGACCGUCGGAGCAGCGAAUUCAGAAGACGAAAGAACUUCGUCUGCGGAAAUCAAUGAAGAAUUCACUGAUUUGAUUGCUUUAGCUCGUCACAUUCUUCGCGACGAUGAUUUCCUCUCUUUGGAAACCAUACCCGAACUUUCCAAGGAAGAUUGUUUGUCUGAAAACAUCAACGAAUCCUUGCAGUCAUCCUGGAAUGCGUUGCAUCCUAGCAUUCGGAAUGUUUGGAAUGACCCCGAAGAAACUACUGAAACUUCAAGCGAUCAAUUAUUGGCUGAUGCUGGAAACACUGAUGGGAAGAAUUCAGAGGUUCAUGAAGUCAUUCAGGGUGAUAUUUGGCCAGUAAUAGAACCUCGUCGGUUCGACGACGAGGUCUCACCACUUAUUCCAGGACAAAUCGCAGAUCCGGAAAAUUCGAUUUCAAGUGCACCGAAUUCACCGAGAAAAUUCGUUUCUGGUUCGAUAUCGAAAAGACCGUCGAGUUGUCCUUCAUCAUCCUGCUGGAACGAAAACUUCGAGUCUCAAAGAACGGCUAAAUUUUCUUCACUUCAAAAUUUACCAAUUUCGGAGGAAAUUUUCGGAAACUUGUCCUCAUCAUUGGCAGCUUUACUCUUACAAGAAAGGAAAAUGUAUUCGCCGGAACAGAGUUUAAUUUCGCCUGAUGAUUCUCUGGGAACGAGGAGUUCUUCGGCUGUGGACAUGGGAUCGAGUUCUCUUGACAGAGAACUCGGGACUACGUCAUCUCAGUCUUCUAUUUUGGCAUCCUUGAUUGAAAGUGAGCUGAGAGAAGCACUUCGUGAGACGGAAGAAAACGCGUUGCAGCAUCAGAGAAGACACCAAAAUUUGCACAAGAAAUCCGUCUCCUGGACCAACAUUCACCUGUCACCAACAAAAAACAAGCCAAUUACAUCAUCCUUCGAAAGGCAACAAAACGAGGGUCAUGCAAUGCCAACAGAAAGUGAUCGAUUCAACUUGAUGCACUUGAAAUUCGAAAGACAGUCGCCAUAUGAUCCCAGCGAAACUCUUUCAUCAGGAACAAGCCGAGUUCCUCAUCAGCAUUACGCAUCAUUUUCAAACAUCGAUCAGGAACUUCGUCAACAAGACGAAGCUUUGCUUCAAAGAAAAUUACUUUUACGACAAAGACUUUACAGCACCAAUAGCACGAAGCAUUCCGAAGAAAUGUAUGCCAAAAGCAUCCGAGAAAGCAAAGAAACCCUGUUGCUUGGCGACACCAAAAUCGGCAGAAACGUGAAAAAUCACGCUCAUCAGUCUCUGCCAUCUACUCCCAGAAAGUCUGCAAAGGUUUUCAAUGAUGACUGGCUCCGUGUUCGUAAAGAUGAUGAUUAUGACACCGAAAAUGAACAUGUCCUCGAUCAUCGGAUCGAUAAUUUCAACGACUUUGGAAAUUACAGACGUAAUCCGAGUCACUGUGUUCGCUGUUCGGGCUACACAGAUAAAAUUUCAAUAAACAAUUACUUUGAGAAAAUUAGCUUUAAAGCAAUCAUGGAACACGAAGAAGAUGCAGAAUCUCUGGCUGAUGGUUACGAAGGCGAAGAAGAGGAAGACGAAGAAGCAGUUUUGAAGACGCAACCUGUUCAGGAUCCUCAAGAAUUGCUUAGACAACACAUUUCAGGGUUGUUGCAAACAGUCAUCAAAUCCCUUUUCGACACUGCAAACAACCCACAGCAGCUUGAACAUGAUCCAAAUUUGAGCACGGAAAGUCUAGACACUUUGGAUAAAUAUUUCAUGCGUCAAGAAACGAUGCGUGUUGGGGAUAUUUUAGUGACAACGUUGGUGCAAGCAAUGAAGAAAAAGCUCACUUCUAUUGCACUUUCUCCAGAUUCUUUCGACUACCACUCGGUAUCCAGAAAACAAGUUGCUCAGUACUUGGCAGUACUCCGGGCAAUUUUUCUGUCUUUCGUGGAAAGUACGGAGUCUAUUCUACCGGGAGAAAAAGCACCCGGUACCAAGGAAGAACGGUUGAAGAAGAUCAGUGGAAGAUAUCGCCGUCAUUUACAAAUGAUGGAGCAAGUGGAAAAUUACGUGAAACUCAUCGCAAGGCUUCAAGUUCACGCAGAACAAGUCGAUGCAGAAAACAAGUUGCCGGAAAGUCCUUCGUUUCCUCCGAUAGAAGAAAUUUCUGCAGGCCAAUUCGACAACGAAAAACUAACCCAUGAACUGGAUCUGCUGGAUCAUUGGGUUCGCAGCGCUGAACAAAAAUGGAAGAUUUAUUCACAAGCGACACUCGAAACGAGGUCAGCGAAUGUUCAAGACGUUGUCGACGAAUGGUUGCGUCAUUUGAGCGAGUUGUCGACUUUGGCUGACGCUCUACGCAAAGAGUCCUUCAGUUGUGAGUCUGUUCUACCGGGAGAAAAAGCACCCGGUACCAAGGAAGAACGGUUGAAGAAAAUCAGUGGAAGAUAUCGCCGUCAUUUACAAAUGAUGGAGCAAGUGGAAAAUUAUGUGAAACUCAUAGCAAGGCUUCAAGUUCACGCAGAACAAGUCGAUGCAGAAAACAAGUUGCCGGAAAGUCCUUCGUUUCCUCCGAUAGAAGAAAUUUCUGCAGGCCAAUUCGACAACGAAAAACUAACCCAUGAACUGGAUCUGCUGGAUCAUUGGGUUCGCAGCGCUGAACAAAAAUGGAAGAUUUAUUCACAAGCGACACUCGAAACGAGGUCAGCGAAUGUUCAAGACGUUGUCGACGAAUGGUUGCGUCAUUUGAGCGAGUUGUCGACUUUGGCUGACGCUCUACGCAAAGAGUCCUUCAGUUGUGGUGAAAAUCUCCUGCGUAUUUCAAAUCCAUCAGCACCGGAGCAACGAAACAUUGAAUCACCGAAUGAAGAACAGGGAAAUGAACUGCCCGAAGCCAAGGAAAACAUCAUCAUUCUUCCAGAAACCCUCAUGGACUUGGACGAAGACACCAAACAGCGAAUUGCGGCUCUUUUGGACCAUCUGAAGUAUCUUGACCAGGAGGUUAAUCAAGAUGCCAGGAGGACAGAAGAAACAUUACAAGUCAUGGCUCCUCUGGAAUCAUAUUUUAAGGAUUUAUGUGGAACGAGGAGCUGGAAAGGCAUGGAAGAAACCAUUCAAAGCUUGUUUACAGGAUUUCUAAUCCUGUGGGACUUGUCAAAAUUCUACGGAAAUGACGAAAACAUUCUCGGGUUGCUGAAGCAAGUGGUCGCAGCCAUCGCCACCCGAAUUUCAAAAGAACUCAGUCUCAAGAAACUAUUCAAUCAAUCAUCGGCAGAAAUCAAGACAACUUUGCAAAGCGUGAUUGAUUUGAUGAACGUGUGGAGAAACACUUAUUUGGACGUGAGAGACACAAUGACUGACACUGGAGACAUCACAACAGAAACUGUUGAAAAUGCUUUUCAACGUGGCACGAGGCGUUGGGAAUUUGACAGGCGACAAAUUUUCGAAAAGAUGGAAUGCAUCGCUAAAAUUUGCGAAGACCUUCUUUGCGUUGUGAAAGUGCAAGAAGAAUUUUACACAGUGCUGGGCAGGGAUUUGAGUGUUGCAGUCAACACGCCGCACCGCGUGACGAGUUUGCGAAAACGGGUGGAAUUCAUUUCGGCAGGGACACUGAGCGACUUGAAGUUCGAUCCGUUUUUGGCAGAGCCGCAAAGAGCUGGGAUGGAAGGCUCAAAUGGCACCCCGCAUCAGUGGCAAUCCACCAUCACUUCCUUCUGGAGAGACAUUCGGUUUCUCGAGUCUGAGACCAUCAGCUUCUUGAACGAGGCCUUCAUGAACAUCAGAUCAGUAGAAGCAGCUUCUCUGUGCUUGGAAAAUCUCCUCACGUCCAACACUCGAGCUUCAAUCCAAGGAGUUCUUAUCCAAAAGCUGAAGGAUACUCAGUUGAACUACAACAAAGAAGUGGUUCGAGUGCAAAAGACUUUCGAGUACUUGAAAGUAACGCCACCUGUCGGUAAAAACUUGCCGGCGGUUGCUGGAGCAAUUGCUUGGGAGCGACACCUGCUCUCGCGAGUUGAAAACCCGCUGAAACAAUUCCGGCCCGAGCGAAUGCGGGAAUUUGAACAGGAAUGGCAAGAGACUAUACAACUUUCCAAGAAAGCAAGGAACACACUUACGACGUACGAAAAUGAAAUGAUUUCCAGUUGGAGAGCGAGUGCAACUGAAAAAUCUGUUUCGAAAUCUCUCCUGCCGAUCCUUGAAUACAACCCAUCAGGAACGACUGUGGGAAAUAAAGUGGCAUCCAAAUUCAGGAUUUGUCGACAGACGUACUUCAGCCACUUGAUCAGAGAGACGAAGAGCUUGGAGAACCUCGGUUUUGAAGUUUCUCCCGAAAAUCUUGCAAUUUCAAUCAUGGACGUGUCCAGAAGAAAGUCCUUGGUCAUAUUGGCCAACAUAAUUGAAAAUUACAGCCGGGAAAAGCAGAGACUCCAUCCUGCGGAAGAAGAACUGCUGAACUUCGAACUGGAAGCCAUGAACAGGAAAAUAAGUACUGGAACUCUGCAAAAGUACAACUGCCUCUCGCUCAGUUUGGAGACUUUUGUCAAGAAAAUUUCCGACGAGCUUUCCAAACUCGUCGCUCUCAUCGACACCGUUCAGCAACUGAGCAAAUGUUUGGGAAAUCACGUGAAAGCCAUUGCAAAAAUGGACCUGUUUGAAAAACCGAUUGACGGAACUGCUGUGCAUUCAACCGAAGAACUGCGUGUGAAAUCGCAGGGGAUUCCAAGUUGCAAAGGGUUCUUUGAACAGCUUUCGCGAUGGCAAACUGAGUGGAUAACGAUCAGUCUUUCAAAUUACAAAUCAUUGAGCCCCGUUUUGAUCAACGUGGAGGCGAUUCUUUGCGGUACAAGUACUGGUCGAGCGAAGCGGAUGCAAAAGUACUACCACUAUUGGGAAGUUCAAGUUUACCAGGCCCUCGUGAGCAUGAAUCAUUUCGAGAGGUGGUGGAAGGGCACUUGCGUCAGCUGUUCACCGGAAACCGUGCAGGCCGUAGCUCUCCGUCAGACCCAAUAUGGGUUCCUGACGCGACAGACUACGGGUUCCGAGCAGAGCCGCGACACGCAGGCUAUCAUCAGUGCGAGUGCGGCGUCAGUGUGCGAAAGUGCUUCCGAGAUGUCGCUGCCAUGCAAUAGUGGGAAACGACACCGAGCCUCUCGUAGGACGACGUUCUACGAGGACGUGUGUCGACAUGCCGGGAUUGUGUCAGCUGUUGCAGGCGUGAAGGCCAGUGCGAAGCAACUCAUCCAUGAACUGCAAGGCACCCUGUUGAGAUGGCGGAAAUUUCGUCCUCUUUGGAUUCUAGACCGGACGAAAGUCCUGCAAAAAUUCAUGUCUUCAAACCCGAUCGUAACUGAUUUUGAAAACCGACUCCACAUGUACAGUUCUGUUGUGGAAGAAGCCAGUUUGGAAUCCAGUCAUAUGAACUUGCAUUGCAUCAGCUUGGAUGUCAUGCCAAUGGUGCAUGCAGUGAAUUUGCACGGAACAGCCUGGAUGCAGAGCUUUGCGCUGAAUUUGAAAUCUGCGGCAACUUCAAAAAUUCUCAAGAUAAAGAAGCUCACGAAGACUUACAAAGCUCUUUUGCAAAGAAGUCCCAGAGCUUUUGAUGAUCUCAAAUCAAUUUUGUCAACUGUUGAGAAAAUCUUGGAGCAUCGUUUGGACAUGGAACGAGAGAUUUCGGAAUCGGAAGAAAUGAUGCACACGCUAAGAAUCUACAAUGUUUUGGAACUCGAUGAAGAUGAUUUGAACAGUCACAGAGCUGCCAAAGAUGCUUGGAAUGAACUUUGCUGGGCAGCUCAAACCCUCGAAGUGCAAUUGUUCAGGGUCAAGUGGAAAUUCAAACGAAUCACCGAAAUCGACUCAUCGUUAUUUUCCAACCAGUGCAAAGAAUUCAAGAUCAAAUUCGUCACAGAAGGUCCGAAUCUCAUCGCAGACGACCUGGACAGCAGCUGGAGUUUGACACAGGCAUUCAACGAGGAUUUGGAGAGAUUUCAAUCUGAGCAAGAACGUCUUAAAUCUGCUCAAAUAUUAUUCAACUUACCUCAAGGCGAGUAUCCGGAUUUGGUGAUUGUGAGCAAUGAAAUGCACGCUUUGGAGGCCAUUUUUGCCAUUUAUCAUCAAUACAAGGUGCACGUGGACAGGUGGUCCAUCAGAAGGUGCCUGGAAUUGCAAAGCAGGCAAUUUUCGAGACCCCUGAAGACCUGCUUACAUGAUCUGCAGCCCUUCAGUCACAGUGACCUGGGUUCAGCUGCAGUGGCCUGGGUUCUGGAGGGCAAAGUCAGGGAUUCCCUUUUGGCAGCCAGGUUACUUGAGCUGUUACACAGCCCAAGUUUGCGCCAGAGACAUUAUGAUACGCUCAACGUUGUCUUAGGUGUUCACAUAGAAGAAGCUCUCAAAACAAUGACGAUCGGAGACUUUUUCGGAAUUGAGCUUCAUCAGCAUCAGAAAGUAAUCCAAGAACUGGUCUUCAGUGCGGAACACGAACUCCUCAUCGAGAAAAGCAUCCAAGAACUAGACGAAGUUUGGUCGAAUGUUCGUCUGACUUUCGAGCCGUAUGAAAGUUACGCGCUUUCUGAGUUGAUUCCGAUUUUGACUGGAGCGAAUCAGCUUGAAGAAGUAAUUGAGGAUUCCUGCGUCCAGCUGCAGAAAUUGAAUGCUUCCGACUUCGCGGGACCAUUUGUGCAAGAAAUCGCGAGUCUGCGGGACAAGAUUUGCAGAGUGGAAGACCUUUUGCUGAAUUGGUCUGAAACUCAGUCUGACCUGCUAACUUGGGAAGCCUUUUUCUACCACGUUUUCCCCGAGUCCGCAAUCGACGAUGAAAUAGUGUCAUCCGCCAAAAUCACACAAGAAGCCGAUAUGUUCAUCAAUGCCAUGAAAAUCUACACCAAGGUGACGAGAACAUGUGAGUCAGUGGACAGUAGUGUGAUGGAAUUCGCUGAAUCUUACCAAGGGGAGCAAGCUUUGGAAACGUUGCUCGAGGUCAAACAGGAAGUGGAAAAAUUGCAGAGCUGCGAAGAUUUGGCCAUUGAAAGUGCGAGGGGAAUUUAUCCCGCUGCAUAUUUUUUGUCAGACAUCACUCUCAUAGACAUUAUGAGCACUCCGCCAUCUUUGUUGGAAAAGUCGUGGAUUUCUCUGAUUCGUCCGCAUCUCGCGGAACUCCGCACUGCGGACACUGAUCGCGUCACUGACGAUUCUAAGCGAAUUUCGGAGGCAAUCAGCGUGAUUUCAUUCGAUGACGAAGAAUUGAAAUUUCGCGAAGGCAUCGAAGUCCCACAGCGACCUGUCGGUGUAUCUUGGAUGCGCAAAAUCGAAAUCGCCAUCGCCAAGUCGCACAGAUUCUCCACUAAAAGAGCAAUAUUCGAUUUCCAUUUCCGGUUUGAAUCCCGGGAUAAAUUCAAGGACUGGAUCAAUUGCCAUGUCGCCUCUGUGAUUCUUUCGGCUGUUCGAGUCUGGUGGACAUCUGCUGUCACGCAUGCAUUGAUGUCAAUUGAACAAGGAAAUGCAGCAGCCAUGAAAUUAUUUCGUCAAGAUUUCAUAAGAGACACUGAAGGAAUGAUCGAGUCAGUGUCUCAAAUUCUGAGCGAAAACGGAGACGAAACCGAACAAAACCGAGAUAUAUUCCAUAAGAAAUCUACUGCUUUCCUUCUUUUCUUGCUACAUGCCAGAGACGUUAUAGAUAACCUCAUCGUGAAGAAUGUGACGGACGUCGGAGACUUUGAAUGGCUGUCGUGUUUUCGGUCUUACUGGUGCAAAGACGUGGACGAUUUGGUUCUCCGGCAAUGCAAUGUGCAACAUCAACACAGGCAUGAAUACUCUGGAAUGCUGGGUUCAGAAAUGGUUUGCCUUCCAGCAACGGAUAGGAUGUUUCUAGCCAUGAAUCAAGCCUCUGCCAGCUUCCAAACAUCUUUGCUCACUGGUGUCGCCUAUACCCAAGUGGGGAAAUUGGUGCACACUGGGGAUAUGUCUGCAAUUCUACGUAGUGACCCUGCUGUGCACGUGAAGUGUACCAAAGUUCUUCUUUUGCACAUUUGAUUCGACGAAGGAGGAAAAACGCUGGCUUUCAGACAUUUGGCAUUUUUAAUCGGAAUAGCUAUCAGAAGCUUUCCUGUCGCAGCUUGGCUGGAAAAUAAGGAAGAAUUUCCCCGAGUCAAACAAUUCUUCCUCGGAAUUUUCAAGACGAGCGGUUGGCUUCAUUUAGAUUUGGAUCUUGCCGACACCUGCUUGCUCAAGCAGCUCACAAAAUUAAUCCAAGAAACAAAAACUGAAUGUGGUUUCGGGCUACAUAAGAAGUCGGUGAAUGGAUCAAAUCAUGGGAACCAGGAAGUGACGAGACCGAAAUUGCCGUUGAUCAAUUUUGCUUUGCGGAAUUCUUUCGAUGCUAGCUUGACUGAUUCUGGAUUUUUGCAGCUGACGUCGCGUUUUAGACCAAUUCACACACCACUUCCGGAUUUACACGUCUUGUUGUGGUCGUAUUUGACAGCGAAGAACUGCAAAAACUCCCAAGUGCUAGCAUCAAGAAUCGAAGAUACUGUGAGUAAAUUGAAGAUGGAAAACUGUCACGGAACGGUGAAAGAUUUCAAAAUCCGCUUUUCGACGAUCAAAGCACUGCUGACAUCUAUGAACCAAUCGAUGAAUCUCAGAUUUCAAGACAGCUCUUCUGAUGAUGACCUUCCUAUCAAGCUUUCUCAGACAGCAAACGCGCAAAAUAUUGGCGCAAACGCGCCUAUCGUCCAGGCUUUGCAUAGAGUCAUGGCGCACUCUAACCUUUCGCCAAAUAGUGUCACUUUUGACAAUGCCCUUCGACUGUUUGCUGUCUUGGACAGUCAUCCUGGAGCAAUUAUUUCUGGACCAGGAGCAUCAGGGAAAUCGACAAUCCUUGAUGUUUUCGUCAGGGCUUGUUUGUGCAUUCAACGACCCAAGGACGAAGUUAUUAGUCAGAGUUUGACUCCAUGUAGAGGACUUGGACUGAAAAGGAAUCGACUUUGUUGUCACAUCCUGUGUCCAGAGGCUUUGAGAAUCAUACCCAAGGAAACAGUAACUGAAGAAGGUGGGACACGAAUCCUGGACAUUCUUGAGCAAGCCUGCAAGUGUUCUAGGUCGAUUCGUCGCACCUCAGUCGACACUGAAGACGAAACGAAGGCAUUUUCCUGGAGACACAUCAUGCUGAUUGACACACCUGAACUAGAUUCUGUCACACUGAGCCUGGUGACAUCUUUUGCAGGAGACAACUGGGCAACGACUUUCCCACCGGGGGAUCUCUACUCUCUUCAUAAUGGCUGGAGGAUUGUUGUUGUCGUGGAGAAACUGACGGGUUUGAACGCAAACCUAGCGGGAAAACUGCCGGUCAUUGAGAUCCCUCAAGAGCACCGAGACUCGAUCGACCACCCGUGGGACCAGUGGAAAUCCCACCUGGCCCCGAGGGGUUCCAGGCAAGUUCAUCAAGAUGCGAAUCAUUCCCCAGACGAGCACAUUUUUGACACGAGUUCCACUCCCACUGGAGACGGAGAUUCUGCCGAGGCUCACGCUUCGUUGCAACUCUGGUCGAAACUGUGCCCAGUUUUGGACACCUGGAAAGGGAAAUACUUGGUUCCUGUUCUCGGACAUCUUGAGUCUAGGAUGUCUAAAUUGAAAGCCCACGUACCUGCUUCAUCGAUUGUGAGUCAAAUUUGCAUCCUGUUCAAUGACAUGUACAAGGGCGUGGACAUGGCCAGUGAAGACGAAGCCAUUAUCAAAGAAGCAGAAGCAUUGUUUAUCUCUGCUGUCAGCAUGACAGUGCUUCCUAUUGUGGAAGAAUCAGGGAGACACGCUUUGGACCAAUUGAUUAAAUCUUCUACCGGAAUGGAGUUGAUCAGUGAUGCCGACGAUAAACCAGCCAGAAUGGGUGAAAUUCCAACUGCGGCACCCUUGAACAAGUACCACUUCCAAGUACAUCAAAAGGCUUGGCAACACUGGAGUGACAUGUUGGACGAUGAAGAACAACUGAAAGAAAAAGACACUGCUGCAGACAAUGUCAGAGAUCAAUGGAUUCUUCAAACUCUUCUCGAAGCCAAGAAAUCGGUGAUUGUUCACGGGAAAUCAGACGAAGGCCUAGUAGAAGCAAUCAGCCGAGUGAGGAUUCGGGGAUUUGAGAAUGCGCAAUUGAAGAAGGGAAUCCCGAGGGAUAUUUUAUUUGGAUGGAUUUUCGUUGACGCGACGGAUUCAGCGCAGGAAUUCAAGGACCAAUUGUUGCAAAUUUUACCGAAGCAAUCAAGUUCUGUUAUCGGACCUGCGAAUCACAGAAAGAUAAUCUUCGUCAAAGAGAUCAACUCUCAUUUCCCACAGAAGUGCAAGGAUUCCAUAUUCGCCAUUUUAAAACAGCUGACAGACUACAAAGGAAUGUACGUCAAUAACCGAUGGACAGAAGUGCAGAACGUGUCCUUCAUCCUGUUCAUGAAAUCGACGGAAACUCCGAGCCAUACUGAAAAAUAUCUUUGCACGUGGUCUCGAAUAUUCCCCGAAAUCAAACGGAACAAAAUUCAGAUGCAACUUUUCGAAGACAUGUUUGACUCGAAAACUGAACCCAUUGUGGAACCGGAAGCGAAAAAUAAGGCGAUUGCAGCAUGCCUUCACAAAAUUCUGCUGACCUUCGAGGAUGACCCUCGUGUGAAGGAAUUUUAUUCAAUCAGAAAAUUAGCAUAUUUCGUGCGAAAGUGCCAAAGGAUUUCUGAACUCGGUUUAAUCAGUUCCCGGGAAAUCGCGAUGUAUUUCAUCGCUAAUCUUGCUCUAAAUUGUGCUCAAUCUGACAAUGACCUAGCAAGAAUAUCGGAGUCUUGUCAGGAAUUAUUCAAUCGAGAAAUUUCUGAAACGGUCGGUGAACCUGGGCGAUCGACAGAAACUGAUCAUUUGACGGUUUCACAAAUUACGCUGAAUUUCGCAAUGGAGUCGGAAACAUGCGCAGAAAUAUUGGUUCUUCACGGGAAUCGUGAAAACGUACGGAAAUUGCACGCUAAGGAAUCGGCAGAACAUUUGGCGAUUAAACUGGAAGAGCUCACGACAGUUAAACUUUGCGAUUUGCUUCAUCGUGUCGUCGCCGUUUCACAGGGGAAAAGGAAAAUCAUUUAUUUGACAAUACCUUCAUCAGAAUACUCGUCAGGAAUUUGGAAAUGGCUGGCAGCAGUUAGUCAGGGAAUUCCAAAAGCCAAACUGCGCACCUUGGAAAGGCUCUUCCUUCAGCAAGAUAAUAAUAACACUACGGACGUUGAUUUUCCGGAAAACACAGGGAAAAUUGCAAUAAUCCUCAGUCUGAAUUCAGCGGCAUUUCCAGAAAUCAAGACCAAGAUCCCGUGGUUUCUCCGCAGUGCACCCAUUUGCAGAAUUCCGGAUAUGCUUUCGAAUCCGGUUCAUGAUGGGAUCAGUGACGAGGCUCACGCAGAACUGGAAAAAGGCAUCAAUGCGCUAAUUUCAUGGGCACAAGGAAACAUAAGGCAAACUUUCGAAAUCCCUGAUGCUUUUGUGUCCCGAAAGUUUUCUCAAAAUGCUGGAAAACUUUUGCUGAAAUUUCAGCAAGCCACGAAACGAAAGGAAAAUAUUUGCAAAAACGUCUUGCGGACAGCGAAGAGUGCCAAAUUAAAUCUCGCAAAUCUUGGGUUGGAUCAGGAGAAACACGCGAUUGCAUUACAGGACCUGAAACUCGAAACUUCCGCAGCUGAAGAAAAGUUCACAGACUUGCAAUCGGCACAUGAUCAACACCGGCAAAGAAUCGCAGAGCUCGAAGAAAUGACUGCAAAAUUGACCAACGAUUUCAAAGUGACAAAAUUUGAGCUGGAUUCUGCGGAACGCACGUAUAAAUCUUUGAUUUCAGAAGCGAAAAGUUCUAUCGAAGGUGUCGGAACACUCGGUUGGGCUUCUCUCAGAUCAAAGGCAGAGCCGUCGGAAUGCGAUGUCCUAAUAUUUCAAAGUCUGUUUCACGUGAUGGAAAUCCCGGAAUUUUCUUGGGAGAAGGUUUUGAAAACCAUCGGGUCGGCGGAUUUCACAACCAAAUUACUUUUUAUCGAGGAAACUCUGGAUAUUUUAUGUCUAGAAGUCGCUGACGACAGCAGAAGAUUCAUCCAGGCUGCAGAAGCGCUUCCAGAGCAAAGUUUCUCCAAUGCAACAACUGCUGUGAAGACUUGGAUCUUAGCUGCAAUUGACUGCAAAAAAUUGCGGCUGCAAGUGCUUAAUGUGCUGCAAAUUGCCGAUUUGGUCCCUGUAUUGGAACAACAGGAAAUUGCGAAGCUGAAGAAAGAAAAAUCUUUAAAUGUCCUGAGUGGUCAAGGACAGCAAAUGACUCUUCACAAGGACAUUCUCGAGGGUUUUACAACUGGGAUUUCUACACUGGAACAAAUAGCGAGUGAGGAACUGCAGAAAGUUGCUGGAAAAUCUGCGACUUUAGUAGGAGACUCUCUUCUCACCAGCUUUUGCUUGACAUUUCUGGACCUGAUUCCUUGCAGCAAACAUGAAUCCGUCGUUUCUGAAGCGAAAGACGUUUUAACUAAUUUGGAAAUUAAAAUUGACCAAGUUUACCACACAUGCGAUCAUCUCGGUCUUCAUGCUGGUUGCCGAAGGCUGCAAACCGAACAGUCACUCAGCUGCAAUCCGUAUGGCAGAAUAAUUUGCAUCGAAGAUCAAGCCCCGGGAAGCAUUUUUUGCAUCUAUGAUCCUGAAUAUUUGAGCGUGGCGGCAUUUCAAGCAACCGGUCUUAAGGCAAUCAUAUUCGGGAAAGAUGAAAUCAAUGCGUCAUUCAGCAAAAUUUUAGAAGACGCCGGCGAAAUCACUUCAGGAAUUCUUCUACAAUUCGUUUUCUCGCCGGAAAAUAUGUCCGAAAUUUUGAAGAAGCUGAUAACCUGGCAGCAAUCUCAACAAGAACCCAAGUUCAUCGCAAUCAGUGGAUCAGAUCAAUCGCAAAUGCUCACCUCAUUGAACCGAGUGUUGCUGGAACUCAAGAUCGACAAAACCCCAGCGUGCUUCGAUCUGAGUUACCCAACUAAAAAGCUCUUGGAGCAAAUUUUGACAAUGAGGAUUUUGAAAGCUGGAUGGCCGAACCAAGCAGAACUUUUCGAAGCCGUGCUGAAGAAACUGCCGGAUAUGUACAGAGGCGUGGAAGCAAGACAAGAAAAAUUAUUGGAUCAUUUCGCAUCUUUGCAAGACGAAGUUUCAGCUCAACAACUGCAAGAACUUCAGAGAUUGAUCACUGAUGUCGAAAGGGUGAGAAAGAAUUUGGAAACCUCUCGAAAGGUAUUACAAGGAAUCCAGGAAUCAGCGAUAGAAAACAAGCCACUUUGUGAAAAGCUUGCGACCUGUUUGACGGUUUUCAAAUCGUUUUCGCAACUUCGACCGAGUUUAUAUUCGAACCACUGGAAUGCUACUCUGGAUAUUGCAGAAACGUGUGUCAACAGGGCUUUGAAAGACCACAGGGAAAUUUACAAGGCUGUCAUUUGGGACAAGUUGAGCUCCAGGGUUUUGCAAGAAAUUUAUCAUUCCACGAGCGUCGGACUUUUGCCGAAAGAUCAGAAGAUAUUCGCAUUCCUUUUAGCUGUGGAAGAAGAGAAAUCAGCCGGUAAAUUACCUGAAAGCAUGUGGGAAGCAUUCCUGAAUCGCGACAAAGGAGAUUACGAUGAUUCCAGUGGAAUCGCAUCAAUUUUUCCUUGGAUUUCAUCGAAGGUGUCCAGGUAG